AAGGAAGUGCGCAAGUCGGUGAUUCGCUUCCAAGACAAAUAUGCUCUCAGUCAAGAAGGAGGUUUGAUCCAAGCAAACUCAGUGGGUGCGAUAUUGAUGCCUGCCAGCAAGGUGAAGAUAGAACGCAUGCUGCUGGCCAGUCGGGAUGAAGUUCAAAAAGUGCUGGAAGAAGCAAGUCCUGAAGACUUGCCUGUACUGGGUAAGCUGUGGAAGAACAUUGAUCUUGUGAAGGAAUAUUUGAUCAGCUUGCCCAGUGCACGUAAGACACGAGAUGAGAUUACCGAAAUGUUCGAGCGAUGGUUUGACGAUCUAUCGCACGAUGCUGCAAUCCUGCACGCCCAACUCGAGAGCGAUCAAGAGGAUUUCAGCGAGCUUGAAGCAAGCAAGCUGUGGAACACAAUCAACAUGUUGGAAGGCAUUGCUUGUUUGGGGCAGAGCGGCUGGGAAGCGCCAACGUUUGAAGCAGGUCACUUCCAGAAAAGGCUCAACAGCUCAAUCGACAAUUGUUUGGAGAAAUUGAAGGCAGCGUGUCAUGCGACUGCUAUUGUGAAUUUGCCACGGGUCAACGACCUUAUUCGGUGGCAAUCCAAGAUCAACGCAUGGCAUCUUAUCAAGCCUGACUGGGCGAAACAAGUGCGCAUGCUCAUAGAAGCCCACUUUGAGCAGGCCGCAAGUGAAGCCAAGAAGGUCCACGAGCUUGGAAAUCGUGUCAUUGUGGUUGCAAGGCAGGAGAAUGUCAAGGAUAUCGCUGCGGAAGUGGAUGCGUUGGAUGGAUGGAAGAUGGAAGCGAUCUUCCAUGAAUCCUUUGAUGCCUUGCAGAAGCAGUUUCAACAAGUCUUCGAGAACGCUUCCGAGCUUGCGCUCUCAUCUGUGAAGGCGGUCUUGGAGUCUCCUGCGUCAACUCCCAAGUUUGACUUCACCAUGCUAGGGGAAGUAGCAACAUCAAUCGAAGAGAGCAGGUUGGCCUGGGAUGGCGCCCAAGGUGUGGCUCCACAGACGCGCGCCUGCUUAGCCACAUGGCAUCAACACCUACGAGGGGCGGUGACUGGUUGGCUCAGCGACUUGUUGGAGGGCAGCAGGGUAGUCCUACAGAAUGUGGCUGAGCUAGCUGCGGGGAAUAGCGACCAAGAGACUCAGCCAAAUUGA